AUGCCACCCGGUUCUGCAGCAAGAGUGGCAUCAACAAAGUCUGGUUCGAGACCAUCGUCGCCUUCCUUUCACACUAUGACGUCUGUCAAUAUACCACCACCACCUGCACCAGUUCCCAUUAUCUCGCAGUUCUCGUCCUCCCCUCCACUCCGGUCACUCUCUCCUGAGGAACUGAUGGAGCAGACCCAGGUCCUGGACGAUCUUAUGGAUGAUAUUGGCAUGGGCAAGUUCCAGAAGCAACUCCUGGUGCUAUGUGGACUAGGCUGGUUUGCUGAUAAUAUGUGGUUACAGUGCAUCGCGUUGAUUCUACCCCGUGUGCAAGCACAAUUUGAGAUCAGGGACCAGUAUAUCGGGAUAUUGUCGAGCUCGAUGUUUGUCGGGAUGAUGUUUGGAGCCAUGUUCUGGGGCACUCUCUCGGAUGUCUACGGACGGAAGCAGGCCUUCAACUUCACGCUGAUUGUCACUACUGUCUUUGGGAUUGGUUCCAGUUUCGCAAACAGCUAUUGGCUUCUUUGUCUAUUGAUCCUCGGCCUCGGUUUUGGGGUAGAUGGGGCGCUAUUUUUGGAGUUUACGCCAAAGAAGAACCAGUACUUGCUGACGUUUCUGUCGAUAUUCUUCUCGUUCGGUGCGGUGGCGACUUCGAUUCUGGGGUACUUCUUGUUACCUCGUUACAGCUGUGAGACUCCUGUCGAGGGAGGAUGUCAGGGCAAAGGAUGGCGGUAUAUGUUGCUCGCCAUGGGCGGCCUCACGCUGUCGAUGGUGGUGGGAAGGGUGAUACUGUUUAGACUAGAGGAAUCGCCCAAGUAUCUGUUGAACCAAAAUCGACACCAAGAAGCAGCGGUGGUUCUGUGCAGGAUAUACAAGAUCAACCAUAAGGAGACACAGUCGGAGGCAUUUGACGAGAACAUUGAGACGCUGACACUACGGUUCAACCGUCCCGUGAAUGCUGGUGAUGCUUCUUCCUCAGACGAGUCUUCUGCAUCAGAGGCCUCUGAAGCUGAUAUGAGCGAUAUUGAGAACUCAAGGAACAUUAGCAGUGGGAGAAGGAGGACAGAAUCGAACAGUCAUGGACGAAUCCGAAGACAGAGCGGAAAUGGGGGAUCCGGGAUCCAGCACCAUCGUCCUCCAGGUGGCGUCGGCAAUGGGAGCGGCGGCGACCACCAUAGCAAGACAUGGAUCACGUUCCAGAGAUACAGCCGGCGGUGGAAGCACAAGAUUGAGAAGGCAUUGGAACGACUGGAGCCCCUGUUUGUUCCCGAGUUUCGGUUGAGUACGAUCCUGAUCUGGAUCAUCUGGGCGCUGGUCGCCUUUGCCUACACCGCGUUCAAUGUCUUUUAUCCCAAGUUCUUGCAAGAGCAUGGCCAAGGCGGCCACCAGCCGCUGCAGUUGGUGUAUAUGGAUAUCUUGAUCUAUGCCGCCGCUGGUGUUCCUGGCUCUAUGCUCGCGACGGUUAUGGUGGAGGGAAGGUUGGGGAGGAGGUACACAAUGGCAGUAUCGACAUUUGGAACAGCUUUGGCAACCAUCUUGUUUGCAGUCCUCUCGAGUCGUGCGGCCAUGACCAUCUUUUCGGCGAUCCUGAGUCUCCUUGCAACCCUUAACUAUGCUGUUCUCUACUCAUACACGCCCGAAGUCUUUCCCUCUGAUAUCCGUGGCACUGCCUGCGGUGUCGCCGCCGCCAUGUCUCGUCUAGCCGGAAUCAUAACGCCAUUGAUUGUAGGAGCAAUGUUGUCCGUCAACACCUAUUUCCCACUGUACACAGCCUCGAUCAUGUUCUUUGUCUCGGCCGUCUGCAUGUGCUUCCUGCCCAUCGAAACCAAAGGCAGGGCUGCCACUUAG